AUGAGACAGGAUUUUGGAGUUACCUUUGUGGUUUCCCAUUCCAGUUGUACCGGGACCCCAUAUACAUCCCAACAAGAUUUGCACAUAGCUAAGUUGCACCAAGAUUGUCACAUAAAAGGUAUGGAGCGCGCGAACGUGCACCUAAAGUUUAGUCUUAAGGUUGUUAAUCUAAAGAAGCUCAUCAACAAGCAGAGGCAACAUAGAGUGAUAUUCGACCUUAAUAGGCGAUCGAGCAACG